UCGCCAGCGCAGAGACGCAGAAGCAGCUGGAGUUGCACCGCUUCCAGCACCACCACUUCCUGCAGCAGCAGCACAACAAGAUUCAGGAGCUGCAGAACCAGAUCUCAUCGCAGUACGCGUCGAAGGGCCUGGGCGCGCUGCAGGGCCCGCAGUCGCUCAUGUUCCCGCCCUACCUGGAGCACCUGCGCGUUUCGCUGGCCGGCGCCGCCUCCGGACUGCAGCCCAAGCCGCCUGUCGCCGCCGCAUCGAUGAUGGGCGCCCACCACGUGCCGAGCUGGAUGCACACGCCAGCGCCUGAGAAGUCUCCACCCCCACCGCCUCCGCCCCACCUGGCGCCGCCGCCGGCCCCACCGUCGCCGCCCCCGCCGCCGGCCCCCGCAGACCCGGACGCACCUCUCAACCUUAGCAAGCCCAAGGGCGGCGGCGGUGGAGGCGGAGGCGGCGGUGGCCUCUCGAUGGGUGCCGGGGCGGGCGCCUCGGACCAACAGCCAGUGGCCGCCACCACCCCCAAGCUGCUGCCGCCAUCGCUGAUCGUGCCACGCGCCUUCCUGCCGUACGCAGGCCUCCCGCCCCCGCUCGGGCCACUGCCCCCAGCCUCCGGUAAGCUGGGUCUUCCUUCAAGUCAAAGCAAGGAUGGGAUGAUCUCACCUGAAAAGCACUCACCCUUCCCACUGCAUAUGUAUGGUCUGGCCACAGGAUCUCACCUCACCUCUACAAAGUCAGAGUCUUCUCUCAGUGGCAGCAAGGAAGAUGCUGAUUUUGUAGCUACGCAACUAAUGUGGGGAGCAGAGGGUGGCUACAGAUUAGAUGACAGUGGAGAGAAAGCAAAGAUUGUAAGGCAGCAAAAGCGGGACAAUGAAGCAAAGCCACACAUAAAGCGUCCAAUGAAUGCAUUCAUGGUCUGGGCUAAAGAUGAACGAAGAAAAAUACUGAAAGCCUGUCCUGACAUGCAUAAUUCAAAUAUUUCCAAAAUAUUAGGAGCACGAUGGAAAGCCAUGUCCAACGCCGAGAAACAACCUUACUAUGAAGAACAAUCUCGUUUAUCAAAACUGCACAUGGAGAAACAUCCUGACUACCGAUAUAGACCACGACCUAAACGUACCUGCAUUGUUGAUGGAAAGAAAAUGAGGAUUUCUGAGUACAAAUCAUUGAUGCGACAAAGGAGACAGGAAAUGAGGCAGCUGUGGUGUCGUGAAGGUGGUGCCGGUCCUGAAGUCAAUGUUGGUGCAUUCUUAGGACCUAAUGAGCCCAGCACAGCACCACCCAGUACAUCAAGUGGCCAGUCAAGCACUCCACCACGUUCUAUUCCCAAUGGUGCUGCAGGUCCCAGCACUGAUACCACAAGUAGCCAGCACCACCCAUUUUAUUAUCCUCCAGACAGUCUGUCUCCACCUGAUGUACUUGGAUUUUCUCCAGAUGCAAACUCUGCUGCAACUUAUGACACCAGUCCGAGGCAUCAUGAAGAGGACUGAAGGCUGGCGGGCUUCUAUAGCCCACCUCACAGAGUGCAUAUAAACUAUUCCUCAAACUACCUACGGUAUCGAAAUGAUCUCGGUGGUUUUGAAUGGGACACAGUGUUGUGGCACUAAUUCGUAAAUUUUGUCAAUUUGCUGUGCCCAUCAGAAACGUUGGUGUAUUUUGAUAUGAUACACUGCAUUAAUUCUGCAAUAAGAAUGCAGUGCAUAGACAGUGUUAAGUGAAAUAUAUGAACAUAUGCAUAAAUACACGUAUAUAAAUGUUUUAGUGAACUCUGUCAGACAAUUAAUGGAAAAUCUGAACCUACUUGUAUGUACCAAGUGAUAAUGUUGUGAUCUGUGGUGUUCUGCGAGACAGUGACUGGAAACGAAGAAUCACACAGAAUUUGUUUUGUUUUUGUUUGGAUUUUGAUUAUUCGCUUCUGAGGUUGUGAUAAUUCAUUGUGCCAUGUUAUGCCAUGGUUGGGUUUGAUAAUCAAGCAGGUAAUAAUAUAUUACAUAAUAAAUAAAGUGGUAGUUCCUUUUCCAAUGACAUAACUGAAAUUUAUUUUAUAAGAACACAUCAUCUCUGUUAGAAAGCAAUUAGUGACAAAUCAGUUAAUCAAAUAUGCUGAUAUUUCACAUGUUAUGCCAUGUUCUGCUUAAUAAAUAUACAUUUAACUCAUGCUUCAUAUAGAAUUGUAUCUGUUAAAUUCUCACUGAGCAAAAACUUACAGACUCAUUUUCCAAGGUAUUUACCUCUAAUAUCAAAUGUUUAUUCAGUCUCUAUCGUAAGUCCACAAACCAAUUCAACACUCAAUCAAAAUUCCAACUCAAUACAAAUUGCUUGUUUUGUUUUUCUAGAUAGAAAGGAGGUAAAAAACUAAAAAUUAAAGACAGCUUUGUGAAUCAAGGCAAGUAAAUAUACUAUUUCCCAGAUAUAAAGCAUGAGGAGAAGUAAAAUACAUUGCUGUAAACAUUUUAAUUACAGAACAUGAUCCCUUCUUCUUGAGACGUUGUACAGAAUGGCAGGAAAUUGUAUAACACAGACCAUCCACACAAAAGUUCUGCAAACUGCAAUACAAACUUUUCAUGUUCCAAUUGAUGCUACAUGUUACUAGUCUAAAAAUAAAUAUGAUUAAAGGAAUUUUUAAGGGAAUGGUAGAGCUUUUACUUCCAUUCAUUAUAUUCAGGGACCACAUCAUCAUUAAUUUUGUGAUUUCUGGAAUGCAGAGCACCAAGAACUGACACAUCUGUGUGGUUAACCCAAUAGCAGGGUUCAGUAUGUGUUCACAUGCUCUGCAAUCAGGCAUGGAAAAGAUGUACUAAGAUGAUUCAGUCUGGCUUGUAAGGUUCUGUCUUGUUAAUUCUCUGUGACCAAAACAAGCGGCACAGACAACCCUUUUUUCAUCUUAAACCUCUCAACCCACAAGCCACACCAUGCCACAGUAACUUUUCUGCCCCACAAACCUUACAUUCAUUAGAUUUAUAGUACUGGCCAUGGCUGUCAUAAAAUAUUUUGAACUUGUGCCUCUCUCUAUAACCGUAAACAUUAUUUUAUUUGUGCACAGAGGUACAUUUUCAUGACUUAAAGAUUAUCUUUGUCAAUAUUUGUUCACCAAUAUGUCUAUUGUCUGACUUGUUAAUUUCAUCAAACAAAAAUGAACAUUUUGAAGAACAUACCUCAUUUGCAGUCAUGUUUCUGUCAAGAUUUGGUGGCAUAUUUGUAGUAUCUAUAGACAAUCCCACUCUUUAGUCCAUACUUUAAACAACAGGCAAAAACACUGGCUUUCAAGCUGAAAAAAUAAAAAAUGAAUGCUUUUCCACAUGGCAUAUUUAAAAAUUAUUAAUUCUUGUUUACAAACACUUUCCAAAUGUAUUUAUUGCAGCAAACAUGUCAUAUCAUCAAACCAUACAGAUCUUUUUUUAUGAGAGAAGGUGAUAAUUUUUUGCAGUGUACACAGUAUUUGUCAAAUUUUUACAUUUUGCUCAUUAUUCUUAUGGAUCCUGCUUCCAUGUGAAAAAAGUGCAUGCUUGAAACCUAGCCACAGACCCUGCAAUAUUUAUUUAUCUUUGAAAGGGUUGAAAUGGCCAGUAAUGUUAAUUAUUGUAAUUUAUUGUUGUUAUUGAACAUUUGCAGACUGAGUAAAGUAACAAGUCAUGGAGGAAUGUAGAGAGAUGAUGCAUUUUUAGAAUUCGAAGUAUAGGAAAUUUAACUUGAUUGUUGGUAGGAAUGGUGCUAUUGUACUUGAUAAAAAUAAUAUUAUUUCAAGUGUGUUAUUUAUUUGGGUGCAUGUUUAAUGGAAAUUCCAAAUCUUUAUCACUGUAGAAUAAAUAUUGUAAAUGGAAGUUUAUUGUAAAAAUGGAUGGUGAAUUUUUUAUUAUAUGUAUAUUGUAAGGUAAGCUAUGAGCUAACACUGUCAUUUAUGUUUCAGAUUUAAAACAUAGCAAUUUUGAUAAAAUAAUUUGGGGUAUAAAGUAUUGUUACAUGUACAGUUAUUAUGCAAGAAUAUAAAAUGUGAUAACUUAUAGUAGGUGCCAUAGAAACCAGUUUCAUUUUUCUGUAAAAGUAAUGAGAUGUAUUCUUCUGUUUGAUACUGUUAUUAAUGUAAUGCUGUACAGACUGAUUUCAUCUGUUGUGUUGUUUUAAAGUAAAUUAUUUUGGCAGUUUUAAGUAUGAAACUAUGUCAAGUACACUUAUCUUCCUCUAGAAAUUGUAAAUGUAAAAUCAGUACAACAAAGCUUCAGCAUGGAUGGGAAAAUUCACUGCAUAUAUUUAUGCUUUCCAUUAGCGUAGGAAAUCUUUCACAAAUAAGUAAUUCUUCUGCUUAAAUGCAGAAUUGAUAAAAAGUGACAGUUUGUAUGGUUCGGUCCAUGUAACUGUUCAUACUUUGUCAUGUAUCACAUUAAAAUAUUUCUGGUAACAAAUUUAGAUCAGAGAAGUAUUACUACCAAAAUAUGCUUAAUGUAAAUUGCCAGUUACUUGCUGGCUUAUUGUGGCUCACAGUUUGUGCCAAAUAUAUGUGUAAAAGUUUGAAAAAUAUUGUACAAAUUCCAAAGAAAAAUGAGUGUGUGCUUCAGCGAACAAAAUAAAUAGAGGGGAUAUAAAAUUAGUAUAUAAUAUCAAAAGUGAUUGAAAGUAAUGUUACAAAUAUAUAUAUAUUAUCACUAUAUAUGGUGUUUUAUGGAAUAAAAUAUGCCAGUUUCAUGUACAGUAAUAACUUCCUUUGUGUACUACUUGACUUAUUUUAUCAACAUGAAGUUUCCACAUCAACAACUUGGCUUACCCAGAAGCUUGCCUAUCUAAUACCUACAUAACAAUGCUACAAACUGGUUACUACAUUUGGUAUUGCUUCUGUGACCAUACAGUUUGAUACAAGAAAACUGGUCUACUAGUUGUUUACAUGUCUUCAUGUACAGUUCUUAGUAUAAAUAAAUGGACAUUUUUUGGACAGUA